AUGACACCAUUCAACUUCAACAUGCUUAUGUUUAUGGCCAUGUUGGUUGCACCCAUGGCCUUGGCGACCCAGCACGUGGUGGGCGAUAACGACGGAUGGAGUAAUCCGAGGUACCCAGAGUUCUACGCCGAGUGGGCAUCCUUACACACCUUCAACGUCGGAGACACUCUCUUUUUUAACUUUACCAAAGAAGCCCAUGAUGUCGCGGAAGUUCCUCAAGAAGCGUACGAUCAAUGUCAUACCGAAGGCGCUAAAGUCAUCAUCAAAAGUGCUGGCGCGGUCAAGUUGACCAGCUGCGGAGCACACCACUACAUCUCUACGCGUAAGGGUGAUUGCGAGACACAUCAGAAGGUAGCCUUAUAUGUCCAACCUUCCUCCGUUUGA